AACCCCGUUAAUAACACAUCAACAUUCAAGACACCAGUGGUCUUGAGUCAGCUGUCGUCAUAGUUACCGGCGAUAUGAGCAUUAUGUACAUGCAGCCCUCUCUAAGAGACCUCCAGCCCCUUUCUCUCCCUCUCUCACUGUGGGUGCAGCGUGUGGACGCGGGCUGAAAAGCCUCCGGGCCGCUUCCUCAUGACAUCACAUGGUUGCAGAAUGACUUCUCUAGCAUUCAUCUGUGAGGCAAGACUUCCUAAACACAGAGCGCGGCUGCUGCUGUGUUGAUACCGAGAGCAGGGGGGGAUAAAAGGCUUCAGUUUCUGGUGCUGAUCAUUUGUAGAAGGAGCCUGCAACUAAUUUCGAGUGCUCUCAUAAGCCACAAAGUUAUCAGCGGUCUCAUCAUCUGAUGUUACUUCCUGUCUCUGUCGUCAUGGCGACUGUAAGAGCCCCAGAGCGCUGGAGACAGCAGGGCCAGUGAGGAGGCCUGAUGUGUGAUUCCACUCCUGGGUGCAGCUGAGAUACAUGCGACUCACACGCCGUGCUGCUCCUUGAAAAGAGUCCCGGACAUGGAGGAGGAGGGCAGGGUGAACGGCUUCACACUGAGCCCAGAGAGGAGGUGCUCAGACUGGGGUCGCAUCUCCCUGCUGGACAAGACCAAGGAGUUCUUCCAGACCUGCGAUGUGGAGAGCAAAGGCUUCAUUACCCGCACCGAUAUGAGGAGGCUCCACAGAGAGCUGCCUCUGUCUGCAGAGGAGCUGGAGGAUGUGUUUGACUCUCUGGACACAGAUCGCACCGGUUACCUCACGCUGGAGGCAUUCUCCUCUGGAUUCAGUCAGUUCCUGCAUGGCCGGAGGAUCUCAGUGGCCGAUGACCAAAACCAGACCCCUGGCACUGUCUUCAGGGCCAAGGAAGCUCUUUAUCAGAGCCAGUGGGAAGCCAAGCUGUCAGGAGUUGAGGACGAGGAGGAGGGGCACUUCUGUAUGCUGAUGGAAAGCCUGGGGGCCAGUAACGUGUUUGAGGAUCCAGGCGAGGUGCGCAGCCUUUGGGCGCAGCUUCGACGAGACGAGCCUCACCUCCUGUCCAAUUUUGAGGAGUUCCUGGCCAGGGUCACCCACCAGAUCAAAGAGGCCCACCAGGAGAGGAAAGAGAUGGAGAGCGCCCUCCAAAGGAAGGCUGCGACACAUGACAAUGAGAUCCGGUAUCUAUAUGAAGAGAUGGAGGCGCAGAUCAAAAACGAGAAGGACAGGCUGUUACUGAAGGACUCUGAGCGUCUUCAUUUGCGCAGCCAGGACCUGGAGUUUCAGCUGUCUGCAAAGGAAAAAGAGCUGGAACAUCUUUUCCAAAAGCAGAAAAGGUUAGAGCUCCAGUGCCAGGAGCUGGACAGCGAGAAGCAGGAGAGCCACGUGGAGAACGUCAAGCUGAAGAUGACCAACGACGAGCUGUCCCGAGCGCUGGAGAGCACCAGCCAGGAGCUGGGGCUGGCCCAGGAGCAGCUGGCCAUGCUGCAGGAGCAGGCCGCCCGGCUGCAACAGGAGAAAGAGAUGGAAAUGUACAGAAUCACUGAGGGACUGCAGCGAGAGAAGCAAAGUCUCAUGAAGCAGCUCGACCUCCUCAGAGAGAUGAACAAGCAUUUAAAAGAUGAGCGAGACAUAUGCUGCGGUGUACCUCGGACUUCACUCAGAAAGAAGCAGAAGCAGAGGACGGGCCUCGCCGAUAUAUUUGAUGACACCAGCCAGCCUGCCAAAAGAGCCCCACUGUUGGUGGAUGGGUCCUACCAGUCUCUGGAGGCCUUGCCUAUAGAGCACCUUCAAAUCGUGUUUGUUGCUUCCUCCUCCUGUAGUGAGGAUGACACCACCACCAUCACCUCCUCCUCCACCACCACUGUUAAAGCCCCUGCGUGCCAACAACGCCCUGCAGCAAAGAAAAACUCCGGCUUAGCCAACGGUUAUGCCAACCCCGCUCCACCUAAAGUGCAGGAUGUGAAGGUGAAGGCCAAAAAAACACAAGGCAAGAUGGCCGCCGCUAAGCGGGUGACGGGGAAAGACAGAGAGAGAACGAAGAAAGUGGAAAUUGAGAAGAAGACAGGAGUGGAGGACGACGUCUUGGACUCACCUCCGGAUGGAUGGCCCCUCCGUCGCGUCAUCUCCAUCGAGGAGGACCACCUGCCCCACCUGCUCCAAGGAGGACCUCAGCCUUUAAUGCACCAGCUCAGUGAGGAGGAAGACGAGGUGGACGAUGAGGAAGACGAAGCUCAGAGUGACAUUGAGACAAGUGUUGUCAUGGUAGCAGACCGGUCGGCCACCCAACCCUCUAGUCACGUCUCUGAGGCUCCUGCGGCAAGGAAAUCCCGCUUUACACGUGCAAAAAAGACGCCCUUGUCUCCAAGAGGACAGCCUGUCGGGAAGGAGACCCAGCAAAAGACAAAAGAAGAAGCCCUGUUCGCCCCAGACCGCCUGUUUAAAGUUGUCCUGGUCGGCAACUCAAGUGUAGGCAAGACAUCUCUGCUACGCUCGUUCUGUGAGGGCCGUUUCCACCCUUCCACUACUGCUACUGUGGGUAUUGACUACAGUGUGAAGACACUCACCCUGGACAACAUGCAGGUAGCCAUGCAGCUUUGGGACACGGCAGGACAAGAGAGGUACCGCAGCAUAACCAAGCAGUUCUUUCGCAAGGCGGACGGCGUGGUGGUGAUGUACGACGUCACAGUGGAGGAGAGCUUCAAGGCCGUGCGACCCUGGCUCACCAAUGUCCAGGAGGCAGCGGGAGAAGGGAUCCCCAUCCUCCUGCUGGGCAACAAAAUGGACAUGGACGGAGACAGGGAGGUGUCGUUCAAAGAAGCUGAGCAGCUGGCUUAUGAAAACAAGGUGAUGUUCUUUGAGGUCAGUGCCUACACCGCCAAGAAUGUGACAGAGUCCCUGACACACCUGGCCAGAGUGCUAAUGGAGCAGGAGGACAGGGUGAGAGACACAACUGUCAUUCUGAGUGCUCAGCCCAUAAAGAAGAAAGCCUGCUGCAAGUGAAAGUGUACACUCAAUUCGUCUAGUUCAAGAUCACGUUUUGCAGUGUUUAAAGACAACAGUGAAAUAAUUCUUGGACUUUAUCAUUUUGGCCCGGACGUGCACGAAAUGUUGAAGUCGACAGGAAGGACUGUGUCCCGCGUGUGAACGUGAAACCUACUGUAAAGUUUAAAUGAUGAGGCUCAGAGGAAGGGCUGAAGUAAAACUAAGGUGCUGCACCAUUUCCUGUAAAUAAUGCUGUGUUGCCAAAUCACAGUAGUGCUGUCCAUACGAUUUAAAAUUAAACCUACUCUGUAUUAUAAUUACUUAAAUAGCCUUCACCCAAGAGAGGAAUCGUAAAUAUAAAGUAGCUUUUUUGAUAACUAAAUGCUAGCUUUCUGUAAUUAAUUCUCUCUGGUGCAGUAUAUGUUAAUGUAGUUAUAUUUUAUGUUGAAGAUAAAAACUGUUUCAAUGAAAAAUCAUGAGAGAAAAAUGUGAUUCUUUGACAUUUUAUUCAUCAUCAUCAUCUUGUUUUUCACAUUCCUUGUUUGUCCGAUCAAAACAGAGUGUCCCAUGACGUAUUGCAUCUGUGUUUGUUCCUGUUCUGAGGCAUUGUUCUGUUUUAUUCUGGUACCAAAGUACAUUUGUUCUGAAUUAUCCUCAAUUAAAGAAAUAAAGAAAUUACAUUUCA